AAAGAUAAAAUUGCCAUCCCACCCAGCACCAGAAUUCUCAGUCCAGGGGCCCUCAUACUUCCAUGCUUGCUAAUAUAAGUAUGAAUCCCCCUCACCUCAUUCCUACAUUAUUAUUCAUUCAUUCACUCUGAAUCUCCUCAAUUAUUCACACACACACAGAGAAAAAGAGUACAAUGUUGGCUAUAUUCCACAAGGCGUUUGCUCAUCCACCGGAGGAGCUCAACAGUCCGGCAUCUCACAAGCAAAAGCCUAAGCUCCCUGAGGAGACCCUCCAGCAAUUCCUCUCUGUUCAUCCUACCAACACUUUUUCCAUGACCUUCGCGCAAUCUGCUGUUCUUGCUUAUGUUAAACCUGAUCAUGUCACCAUGCUUCGCCAUCAGAGGUUGUUUUGCGGGUUUGAUGAUAUAUACUGUCUCUUUCUGGGGAGUUUGAACAACCUCUGCUCCCAGAUUAAGCAGUAUGGGUUGUCCAAAGGGACCAAUGAGGCCAUGUUUGUGAUUGAGGCUUACCGGACGCUUCGCGACCGGGGUCCUUACCCGGCAGAUCAAGUUAUCAAAGAUAUGGAAGGGAGUUUCGCUUUUGUUGUCUAUGACAGCAAAGCUGGCAAAGUUUUUACUGCGCUGGGCUCGGAUGGGGGAGUGAAGCUAUACUGGGGAAUUGCUGCGGAUGGAUCUGUUGUGAUAUCUGAUGAUUUGGAGGUGAUAAAAGCAGGAUGUGCGAAAUCAUUUGCACCCUUUCCUAAAGGGUGUAUGUUCCACAGUGAGGGAGGGCUGAUGAAUUUUGAGCACCCAAUGAACAAGAUGAGAGCAAUGCCAAGGGUGGAUAGUGAAGGGGUAAUGUGUGGUGCUAACUUCAAGCUAGAUGUCUACUCCAGGGUUAACAGCAUUCCUCGAGUCGGAAGUCAGAGCAACUGGACUGAAUGGGAUACUUCCUACUGAAGGACUCAUCAAUAUUUCUCAUCUCGGUCGCCCUAAAUGUUUAACAGCAUUCCAGUGGUUUUUUUUUCUUUGUUUAGUUGAGAAUUUGUGCCCUUGUGGUUGUACUUCUGCAACAGAGUUUGUUGUACCUAAAUAAUAUAGAUUAACUUGAAUAAUUACAUGUUGGUUACUUUGGUUACAA